AUGUCAAGUCAACAAGCUUCUGCAACGCACGAUGCCGCCGCCGGGGCCGCAGAAAAAGCGACAGAUUCCCCGGCCUCCACGAAGGAGGUGUUCGCGCCAGCUCCGGCGCAGGACACGGGUAAUGACCCCCCACCCAUGCAUGAAGCAUGGAAUCGCCCCGGCACCAACGCCUUCAGAGUAUUCAGCUGCUUCUGGAGCCUUCUGAAUCUAGGUGCCUUCGAUUCUGCCUAUGGACUCCAGAAAGCCUACAACGUCAACUACAUCACCGUUUCAUUGAUGUUUCUUUCGCCCUUGGUGGGAUAUGUUGCCUCGGGAGUUCUCAACACUAGACUCCACAACGCUGUUGGCCAGCGCGGCUUAGCCGUCCUCUGCGGCGGAGCCCAUGUGCUGUCUGCCGUGAUCAAUGUAGUACACCCGCCUUUCCCUGUAUUGGUCGCCUCGUUUAUGCUCGGCGGUCUCGGCAAUGGACUCGCAGACGCCGCGUGGAACGCGUGGAUAGGGAAUCUGGAGCGUUCGAAUGAGCUCCUAGGCUUUCUCCACGCUGCGUAUGGCGUUGGGGGGAUCUUCAGCCCACUCAUUGCCACGGCCAUGAUUGCGCGAGCAUCCCUCCCCUGGUACACAUAUUACUACGUCGUACUGGGAAUAUCUUUGAUCGAGCUACUUGUGUUGACCUCGGCUUUCUGGAACCAUACCGGGAGUCAUUACCGAGAUGAAAUGGCCUCCUCGCAAGGGACCAAUAUUCAGUCCGUCAGUAUGCGAAAAACUCUGACGACCCUCCCCGAAGCACGUAUCGCCUGGCUAUCGGCGUUGUUCGUGCUCGUCUACAUCGGUGUCGAGGUCUCUGUGGGCGGAUGGGUCGUAGAGUUUAUGCUACACGUCCGCAAAGGCCCCGCCUUUGCCAGUGGCAUGUGUGCCACAGGCUACUGGCUCGGCAUGACUGUUGGUCGAAUUGUGUUACCUUUUGUAACGAACCUCAUCGGUCCCAAGAUUGGCGUGUCUGUAAGUCGAUCACCCUGCCUUCACCACGACGGUCCCUCUGCUUUCCGCUCCUCUGACUGA